AAACCUCAGUCAACACAACACACACACUCACAAUGAACACCAGGAUGCCAAUAGAACUCCAAUGUCCUGUAUUCCAAUGACUCACUUGUAGUUUCCCUACACACCUGGUCCAGGGGAGCGCUGUUGACGACCGUGGUUCCAGACACCGUGCAGGUCGCUGUACAUGCCCUCCCAACCCCUGAACACCUCUGAAGCCAAUCCUACUGACAAAAUACUGUAUGUUACUACAUUUACAUUUUUCGUUUCGUCAUUUUAACAGACACUCUUAUCCAGAGCGACUUACAGUAAGUACAGGGACAUUCCCCCAAGGCAAGUAGGGUGAAGUGCCUUGCCCAAGGACACAAUGUCAUUUUGCACGUCCGGGAAUCGUACCAGCAACCUUCUGAGCAAUAGCCAGAUUCCCUAACGGCUCAGCCAUCUGACUCCCUUACUACCCUUACUCCCUUACUAUCUUUGUUAUCUGACACUAUCAGAAUCUGACUGGAAUAACUUCUUUGAAUGGUUAAAGACCAUUAGACCAAAAACCUGAUCAAGUCGUUCCACAGUAAUGAGUUAAAUUGAAAAUCUUUUCAAAAAUCUACACCCUGGAGUCCACCAGAUUCUGCCAGCCCUGCAACAGCACCUGCUUCCUGACUCUAACCACAGAUUAAAGUGAAGGAACUGAAACUAUUAUGAUAAAAACUGAAGAAAAAAACACCAAGGACAUGGCACGCCAAACUUGACUAAGACAGGAAGCAUAAUAACCCACAACCACAGGAUGGUAUUUUCAUAGUGCUGCUGAAAGCCGAUUGGAUGUUUCGUUUGGGACAGGAAAGAAAGGUCCUGAGGGUUAUCGAGAAUUUGAGAAGAGAAUCUUCAUCACACCCAGAGCCGUACAGCUUUUGUGACGAGACCUACUGAAGAAAAGUGCAGCCAUGGCGAUGUCAGUGGUGACCACGCAGCCUGGAACGGCUCUGCUUGCACCAGGCGUGAAGACUGAGAUGUGGACCAGCGGAACCUGUGACUGCUGUGAAGACAUGAGCACCUGUUGUCUAGGGCUCUGGUGUCCGUGCUGCCUGCGGACUCAGGUGAGCUCAGGCCUUGGAGAGAGUCACUGUCUCCCCCUGCUGGACUGGAUCAGUGGUGGACCAUACCCACCACUGAUCCCUCCUAUAUCUCUGGCCCUCAGGAGCACCUUGAGGGAGAGGUACCGCAUACAGGGCAGUAUCGCUGACGACUGCUGCAUGGUCACCUGCUGCUCUAGCUGCAGCUGGUGUCAGAUGGCCCGCGAGCUCAAGGCUCGCCGCAGCCCCACCCACAUCAACAUCACCCCCACCGCCCCCCCUGGCAUCGUGCAGGUCACACUGCACCCCUCACAACCCACCUACACCCUGCAAGCCACACCCAUGGCUGGACUAUACCCUCCUAUGGCUACAUGACGUGGACCAUAAUGGUGGUUUAAACUGUCAAAAUCUAGUCACUGAUUUUAGGUAAAUGGAUUGCCUGUUGGUUUUAGACUUGUGUUAUCCAUUGUAUUGGGCCUUUAUACUAGUUAUAUCACUAACACCAAGUCGCUAUGCCUAAGGCCUGGAAUGUAUCAUUAUUUUGACAAAACAUGUUAAUAUUUGUCUGUUGUCAGUCCUACGUCUGUGACUGAUUAAAAAAAACUGUUACUC